GGAAGAAAGAAGUAAAAAAAAAAUUAUUUCAGUACUCACCCCACAAAGUCGGCUUGGCGUUAGAAGCAAUUAGAAAUGGCAUGAAGGUUUCUACUGCCAGCAAAAACUAUAAUGUACCUCGAACAACCUUGAGACAUAAGCUUUCUGGACAUGCACCUGAAACUUCUGGACAUGUAGGACCUCAAGCAGUUCUUGGCGAGCAAAUUGAAACUGAUCUCGUUGCAUGGAUCAAAGAGUGUGCUCGUCUUGGGUUUCCAAUCGAUAAAGAAGGACUAUUGGACUCUGUGAAAAAAAUUAAAAAAUUAGAAACUGGUACCAAGAAGUUUCUACACUGUUGGGUUCAGAAAACCUGAAAAUUUUAGAAGAUCCGACGCGAGUGUGGAAUUGCGAUGAAACUUCUUUUUUUCUUGCACCAAAAGGAGCUUUAGUGCUAGCUGAGAAAGGAAAACAUGUCUAUGACACGUCAAAUAACAGUGACAAAGAAAAUAUCACAACUCUGUUUACAGUCAAUGCAGUUGGUGAGUAUGCACCUCCACUGACAGUUUAUAAAUACAAACGGAUGAACAGUGAAGUAGUACAAAAUGCACCAGAGGGAUGGGGACUGGGCAAAACCGACAAGGGUUGGAUGACAGGAGAGGCAUUCUAUGAAUACAUUGGAAAUGUAUUUAUUCCUUACCUCAAAGAGAAAGAAAUAGCUUUACCUGUCAUCUUGUUUUUAGAUGGGCAUAAGUCACAUCUUACAAUGCAUCUGAGUACAUUAUGUCGUGAAAAUGGAAUCAUCGUCGUGGCACUCGUCCCAAAUACAACACAUAUGAUGCAGCCGCUGGAUGUUGCGGUUUUUUUCCCCUUAAAACAAAAAUGGCGUAAACUUGUGAAGAAAUGGCGAAUUGAAAAUGAUGGAAAAGAUAUCACCAAAUUUAACCUUCCUACAGCUCUUCACAGUUUACUAGUCAAUAAUGAAGCUUUUGCAAACAAUGUAAGAGCGGGAUUUAGUACCUGUGGGCUGUAUCCAUUUGGUGCUGACUUUGUGAAUUACAAGAGAGUUGUUCAAUCAACCAGCAACACUAACGUUAAAUAUGACGCUGUACCGAAGUCUGUCAUUUCUGAGUCAAGCUAUCUUACAUACCUUGAAAGUAAAAUAGACCCUAGCUUGCUAAAGGACUUUUACUUAACGUGUGAAUCGGGCACUGACUGGGAAGGCAAAAAGGAGGCAAUAAUGCUUUAUGAUACUUGGCUGGCUUUCAAAAAUGAUACUACUAACCAUGCAGUUGCAGCUGUAUCUAAAGACAUCAAUGAUUCCCCUCUUUUUGACCUUUGCGGCAUAAAUGAUAUAGCUAACGAGAUGCAUACCCCUAACAAAGAAAUCUCAGCAAAAGAUCCAUCAACCAACAACGCAGUUCAGUCCAAUGGCAUAGAAAAUCCAGGCCUACCUGCGUCGUUUCUUAUAAAUGGCGACAAAAACAAUUCCGACACAGAGCUAUCCCUUAAUCCCGCCCACCCAUCUGCCUCAGCUUUUACUGCCUUAAACAAAAAUGAUGUCACGCGACAAAUGGAUACGCCAAAAAAUUACAAUAAUAUCAAUGAGCCGUCAACUAGUCAUGAAUCUUUAUCUAAAGAUAUUGAAGAUUGCCUACCAACAUCCUUUCUUGAAACCGAUGAAAAAGAUGGCUUCGCUCGACAAAUGCAUACGCCAAACAAGAAUAAUUCCAAUACAGCCUCAUCAUCUCCCGAUGCUACCUCCAAUGUUGUUGAAAGUGUUGCAACCCCCAACUGUACGGAACAGGCCGGUUCCACCAAAGAGUCUACCAAAGAUAAAAUAGUCGCCAGCUCGUAUACAGUAUUCGAGUGCUAUCGCAACCAAAUGGCAAUCAGCGAAAAUCCCCGGGGGAUGGAAGGCCAGCGGUGGACACCCCCGGAUUCUUAUGCAGGCGCUGUAUGGUUAGGCAGCCGGACGAGGCCGGCCGAAGGCUAUCGGGGCUGCCGCUGCCACUCCCGCGGGACAUGCCGCGGGCACUCCCGCCGCUCCGACUCCCCCGGGGGAUGGAAGGCCAGCGGUGGACACCCCGGAUCCUUAUGCAGGCGCUGUAUGGUUAGGCAGCCGGACGAGGCCGGCCGAAGGCUAUCGGGGCUGCCGCUGCCACUCCCGCCGCUCCGACUCCCCCGGGGGAUAGAAGGCCAGCGGUGGGCACCCCCGGAUCCUUAUGCAGGCGCUGUCUACAGACCGGGCGAUCGCGAGCCGGGAGCUGCCGAAUAUCGCGGCGGCGGCGGACGCGGUCGCUUGCGGUUGGUGGAGUGGUCGCAGCCGGUCCGCUAA